AUGACGGAGGCGUUCACGGUCGAGGACGCGUCCGAGCCGCUGUCGUUCGCGUCGUGGAACGCGAACGGAUUGCUCAACAGAAUCAGAGACAAGAGCGACCCGAACGGACGACGCACGCGUGCGCUGCUCGCGCUGAGCGAAAACGUGAUGCGAAAACGACCGGACGUGAUAGCGUUGCAGGAGGUGUGGCUGAAGUGCGAGGAGAUGGGAAAGGGAACGGGCAAAUGGGAUCACGCGAAGAUGGGGGCUGAGGAUAAAAAGUUACGAGACGAGAAGGCAUUCAUCGAGGCACUGAUGGGGCGACGGCCGUUUAAGAAUUACGACGCGUAUUAUUGUUUGGCGAACGCGCGGCGCGCCGGCGUCAUCACGAUGGUGAAGAAAUGUUUGGCGAAACCGAUUCGAGUCGCCAGGACGUUGGCGCUCGAUGGGCGGGACGUGACGCCCGAUGAAAUCGACACGAACGAAGGGCGAGUGCUGAUGCUCGAAUACGAAAAGAUGAUUGUGUUGAACACGUACGUGCCGCACAACGGGAGCAACGCCGAGCGGUACGAAAAGCGCGCGCUGUGGGACUUUCGAGUUCAAAGGUUUCUGGAAAACUACAGAGGGAAGAAGGAUGUGGUGUGGAUGGGUGAUUUGAACGUGGCACACCAGGAUCAUGACGUCGGACCGAGUCCACGGCUCUUCGAGGGGGUGGGCGGUUUUACGCUCCCGGAACGCCGACGAUUCACCGACAUUUUAGCCGCGACGGAUAUGGUGGACACUUAUCGCGCCUUUAACGGCGAUCGUUUGACGUACACUUGGCGUUCUACGCGAGGUCAAGGUUUGGACGGUUGGCAGGGCAUGCGAUUAGACUACUUCGUCGUGCCGCGUAAGUUGGUCGCGCGCAUCAAGUCGUGCGAAACCUCCACCGAUCGAUUCGACGACACCACGGCACAAUCGAUGCCUAUGUCUUGUUUCAUGGAUUCCGAUCACUGCAUGAUUCACCUUUCUCUGCACAAGCGAGAAGACGACGACGACGAAGGCGAAAACGAAGACGAAGACGAAGAAGAGAACGCGCGCCGCGCGAAGCAGCAGAAACUCGACCGAGACGCCGACGUGAUUCUCAUCUCCGACUGA